AUGGGUGAUGUCCUGCGCUCAUAUCUAUGGCAAUGUGCGAACUGCAAGAAGUGCGAGGUUUGCGACAAGGCGGAGGGUGAUAACAGGAUGAUUUUCUGCGAUUAUUGCGACAGGGGAUGGCACUUGGAUUGCCUUCACCCUCCCCUCUCCGCGGCACCGGAAGGUAAAUGG